GUUUUUCAGGGUUAUUGUGAGGAUCAAAUGAAAGUUGUCAAAAUGAAGAGCAUUUCAUUGGGUUAUAGACUAAAAAAUAACAUGUAUGUGUACAAAUAACUAUAUGUGGGGGUGGCAUGUAUAUUUGUUAUAUUAACAUAUUUUAAACAUAUAGAUAAAAUCUCACAAAAAUGAAGUGUGUACAAUAUAUGUGUAUAUAUUAUUUCACCCAAGUAAACAUAUAUUUGCCACUAAGAAAUCAUAUUUGAUUUCUUAUUUGAAACAAUGAUACUCAGCCUUCUUUGCUAAAAUAGUGAGGGAAGGGAGAGUUUUACUUGCAGUAAGAGGAAAAAGGAGAUAGUGUAUACUGCCUUAUGUCGCUUUUAGUUGCCAUUAUUUGUUUCUCUUUCACUGCCAAAUGUUAUGAAUGAGCUGUCUAUAUAACACUACCUCCAUUUUCUCUGAUCCCACUCUUAGUACUUUAUUCAGACUACUGUUUUCUCUUUCCUUCAGAGAGCUCUAGUCUUAUAUACUUUAUCACUUCUAUGUUGAUUGUCAAAUCUAUGUAGACCAUCCUGUUUUUUCCUGAUUGCUAAUCUUAUCCCUACAUAUUGAAUUUUUUUUUCUUGAAUGUCUUUUUAGUAACCCAAACUGAUCAUAUCUCACUCAUCAUCCAGUUAUUUCCAUGCUCUAAUUCAUAAGUAUUUUUGUGUUUAUCUCUGUAUAGCUAUCUUUAGUGUUUGUUUUUAUUGUGAUGCUAUUUUUUCUCUAAAAUUCUCUCUAGAAUAGAAUAUGUUCUCCAGACCUAGGGCAAAGACUUUGUAAGUUUUAUCAACCUCCAAAUCCCUACAGUAAUUCUAGUUACAAAUUAUAUACUUAGGUGUUGACAAUAGAAAAAUUAUUAAAAGAUAUUUCUCCAAGUAUUAUAUGCAAUAUUAAUGAAAGAGGUUGUGAUAGUUAAUCAGUUUGUCAUUUCAGCAAAUUAUUUUUUCCCCCAAAAACAUAAAUGUUUUAUAGGCAAGCUGGUUUCACUUUCUUCUGUAAAACAAAGUGUGGUGUUAUAUGAUAAGCCCUUUAAGGUCCCUGAAUCUGUGCUCCUCUAAUUUAGUGACAAGAAUAGAGUGUUGGACUGAGGGUCACGAAAACUCAAUUCAGUCCUGCCUGUGGCACUUAAAAAGUUGUAUAAUUCCAUUCAAGUAAUUCAAAUAAUUUUCUAGGACUGACCUGAUAAGUCAUAAAUAGGUUUUGAUCAGUGGUUCUCUAUUACCUCAUAGAUCAAAUAUGGAUUCUUAUUUAGCAUUUAGAAUUCUUUGAAACCUAACCCAAGCUUGGCCCAGUGCUCUAUCCACUGUCCUUCUAUAUGAAGACAUGCUAGUGAGCUCAACAAAAUUCUAGUACAAAAGCAAUUGGACAACUCCUUAGAUUCCAAGUCUAAAUGGAUUUGGUCUGGUAGUUACUUGGAUGUUACUGUACUGUUGAGAAGCUUAAUUGUGAAAACCUGUGAUCAAAUAGGAAUUUGGGACAGUAAAUAAGGCUGCAGAUACUUUGGCUGUCAGGCAAAAAAGAAGAAUUUAUGAUAUUACCAAUGUUUUGGAAGGAAUUGAUUUAAUUGAAAAAAAGUCCAAAAAUAGUAUCCAGUGGAAAGGUGUAGGUGCUGGAUGUAAUACAAAGGAAGUUAUUGAUAGACUAAGAUAUCUCAAAGCAGAAAUUGAGGAUCUGGAGCUAAAAGAGAGAGAACUUGAUCAACAGAAAUUAUGGCUACAGCAAAGCAUCAAAAAUGUUAUGGAUGACUCCAUUAACAACAGAUUUUCUUACAUAACUCAUGAAGAUAUCUGUAACUGUUUUAAUGGAGAUACACUUCUUGCAAUUCAAGCACCUUCUGGUACACAGCUAGAGGUACCUAUUCCUGAAAUGGGCCAGAAUGGACAAAAGAAAUAUCAGAUAAAUUUAAAGAGUCACUCAGGACCUAUCCACGUGCUGCUUAUUAAUAAAGAAUCCAGUUCCUCUAAGCCUGUGGUUUUUCCUGUUCCUCCACCUGAUGACCUCACACAACCUCCUCAAGUCUCUACUCCAGUCACUCCACAGAAACCUAAUACAGAGACCCAGAAUCUGCCUGAACAACACACCCUUACCAGAAGUCAACAUCUUCAGCAGACACCAGUUUCAGACACACCCUCAGGAUCUAUUAGUGGUGAUAUCAUUGAUGAAUUAAUGUCUUCAGAUGUGUUUCCAUUAUUACGGCUCUCUCCUACUCCUGCGGAUGACUACAACUUUAACCUGGAUGAGAAUGAAGGAGUGUGUGAUCUCUUUGAUGUACAGAUACUAAAUUAUUAGAUUCCAUAAGAACUGUUUGGCCUAUUAUCUACCUCUAACUAUAUAACAUCCUAGACUUCUUCAUAACCUAAGUAUUUAAAAUAAUGAAUGUAACAACUUUGUAGUUCACUGACUCUGGGAGUAUUUUUCCUUUUGUUUAAUUAUUUACUUCACAAAACUGUACCCAAAAGAACAAAAGGGCUUUGAUCUCUUCAGGGCAAAAAGUGAUUUUGCAAGUUUUUGUUGUUUUUUUUUCUGAGAACAAA